AUGCACUUUAUUGGCAUUGUUGGCUGCUUUUUACUUCUUUAUUCGCCACUGUGUUUAUUAACAGCAGUUUCCCUAAGGGCAUAUCCUCAGCUCCUCAUUAUUACCCUCUUUGGCGCCGUUUCUGCUUACGUUUCACUUUUACUUACUGGAAUACUUUACACGAUCGUGCAGAACGUGCGAACGGAAGACCACACGAAUGCAAUCUCGUAUGUUGUCGUUCUGAUCCAAGUUUGUACCAGCAUACUAUUUCGGGUCAUGCUUUUCGUAUUUCUUUACCGAUUGGAACGAUUUGCCCGCGGCUAUGGCCAAUUAAUCGCUAAGAGUUCCUCGCGGUUUGCCCUAACUUCAGCUGCAGUAGGUUGUGGCAUGGGGAUGGUUUCAUCCCUACGCGGUGCUGGUACGCUGUUGGAUGCUACACGGCGUCUUGAAUUUUACACCGAUGGUACAACGCUGUACGACUUCAACAUCUGCCCUCAAAUGCCGCUUUUACAGCACGCUGUUUUGCAGGCAUUUCUCCUAUUGCUUUGUCACAUUGCAUGGGCUGUGAUGACGGGACAAGGAGUGGUUGCCCUUUUGGUGCGGCGGGAUAAGAGGAGGACGUUGUUCGAUCCCCUUUCUGACACCCUUUUGGGCACUGAUGAUUAUAGUGGUGACUACCCAAAUAGGGCUGCAGAUGUACUGGUGACAAAUUAUAACCCCGAUGUUGUGGACAACCCACAACCGGCGGGAAAUGCCGUUAUCGAAGGAGAAAGUCCUGCUGCCGCUGGUGGAGAGGGGCUUACGAGUAGCGGCACUGCUCCAGCCGUUGUCUCUGAGCAGGAACCGUGGGGUUACCAACUUAACCAACCCCAGCGAGAGGAGGAGGAAGGGACGAAUCUACUCACUACUUCUAGCGAUAAAGGGCCAAAGACCCAAGAAGUGGGAGAUGAAGAGAGAAUAUCAGAGCAAGACACGGGCGUGGAUACCCAGGAUGAUGGGGACGGACCUUCGGCACAGCAAAGCACACAACUUUUAUCCAAGUCACUCCAGGAACCUACCGUACUGCACCGGGCUCCUACCGUCGCCGUUGCUUCAUUGGUUUCUGCGGCCGCGUUACAACUCUCAUUUUCACUGUUCUCACUUCUCAGCACGGGGGCAUACAACUACAAAACAAUGGAAGAGGUGCCUUUUCGUGGCUGCAUGGUUACACUCCCUGCCCAAGCGGCAAUCACCGCUGCUUCCCUGAAUGCCAUGUUUGGUCUGCUGAGGGCGGAAGGGUUUGGCAACAACGCAGCGGGAUUGGAGAAUUGA